AAAUUAAGGAAUGGGGGAAAUGGAAAGGAAAAGGGAAACGGGAAACGGGAAAAGAGAAAGGGGGAAAACCAGAGAACGGAGUCGAUAGUGGGGUGCCUCACCGCAUUCCAGCGCAGAAGCAGAUAUUUCUUUCUUGUCUCUACCCUACUGUCUCUGUGCAUCGUAUUCGUAUCAUAAUCAUCUCUCUCUCACUAUCCACUUCGCAGCAUCCGCUCGCUGCAAAAAGCGCUCUUAAGAACCCCUCCUCCACUCCCUCUCUCCCUUUCCCCCUUUUCCCUCUGUUGACUCCCAGAUCGCCAGGUUCUUCCUCCCGAUCAAGUGCGGUGAAGAGAAGAACAAUCAGAUCUAUACAUAAAGAGAGUUAGCCAUGUCGUUCAUUGGCACUCAGGACAAAUGCAAGGCCUGCGAGAAAACUGUGUACCCAAUGGAGCUUGUCUCUGCCGAUGGUGUUCCUUACCAUAAAUCUUGCUUCAAAUGCUAUCACUGCAAAGGCACAUUGAAGCUGGGGAAUUACUCCUCUAUGGAAGGGGUGCUCUAUUGUAGGCCACACUUUGAGCAGCUCUUCAAGGAGAGUGGUAACUACAACAAGAACUUCCAAUCACGUAUGACUCUACUGACUCUCCUGUCUUUUUUACAGCAUAUGAAGUCCCCCAGCAAAGCUGCCGGCAUGUUUUCAGGGACACAGGAAAAGUGUGCUACUUGUGGUAAAACUGCAUAUCCUCUCGAAAAGGUAACAGUGGAGAGUCAGGCAUAUCACAAGUCAUGUUUCAAGUGCUCUCACGGGGGAUGCUCCAUCUCGCCCUCAAACUAUGCUGCGUUGGAGGGAGUACUGUACUGCAAGCAUCAUUUUUCCCAACUCUUCAAGGAGAAGGGCAGCUACAACCAUGUCCUCAAAUCCGGAUCCAUCAGGCGUUCAGCAGCUGCCGCCGCCGUCGCAGCAGCAGCUGCUACUGCUUCUGUGCCAGAGCCAGAGUCCUAAAAGGCUUUCUCUAUAUCUAAUCGGUGUGGCAUUCUUGUGUAUUUUUCCCCUCCUCCCGGUGUGCUUUCCCAUUUUCCUCACAAGGGAGCCGAGAAAAAAACUUGAUUCGGUCCCUGCUUUUAACAUGAGGGUUUCGUUCAGCUGACAGCUGCGUUGAUCAAUUUGUUUGUUGUGCAUUGUGCUUUCGUGGGAUGGGAUGGGAAUGCAGUGUGUGCGUAUCAGAAGCAUUGUUAUCUUGGACCAUUCUUUCCUGGCUAUUGUAAUCAAGUUAGCUGAGGAAGUGUGAAUGAUAUUUGGUUCUCGAGACUACUUCCUGUUGAGUGAUCUGUAAUCUCUGUUGCGUUAAUUUGGUCUCUCUUUUUUCACUCACAUCAAGUUAAAAAACCGUAAAUAACGACUUCAUAAACACAAA